GCUCGGAGACCGACCCCAAGGCCGCCUCGCCAUGCAGACCGGCGGCCUCCCGCUCCUGCUGGAGCUCCUCGCUCUCGGGGCGCGGCUGGCGCCUGCCUCCGCGCGCACUCGCCCCGACUUCUGCCUCCUGCCUCCAGAGCCUGGGCGAUGUGAGGCGUACAUUCCCCGCUAUUACUACCAGCCGGCAACCAAACGGUGCAAGCAGUUCAUUUAUGGAGGCUGCAACGGGAACAGAAACAAUUUCACCACCUUAAGAAAAUGUCAAGACACCUGUGCAGCAGGAGCGAAGACGGGCGGCCCACCCUGA